CAACUCUCGUUUCUCUCGUCGAUUCGAGUCCUCCCUCGACUGCCUUGCCAUCUUCCGAGUUCUCCGAGCUCCUCUGCAGCCUGCGUCAUGGCCUCGCCCACUCAGCCUGAGCGCCGCUGGGACGGGCUCCCGGAUGAGAUCCUGCUCCAGAUCCUCUGCUAUCUCGAACCUCACAACCUACCCAGGCUUCAACUCGUCUCACGCAGACUCAGAGAAGUCUGUCUUGACCAUGAGCUGUGGAAACGCCACUGUUUCGAGCGUUCACCAUGGUAUCACUUUCUCCAGAACCGCCGGAAGAUCUUUGCUACUUCUGCCGAGUCCAAGCUGGGCAAGGCUAAAGACCCAGAUGUAAGCGACUAUGAUCUACUCCCAGACGCAGAUGAACCCCCUCGGCCGGCCAAGGUGCAUCUCAAGUUCCUCCAGGAUAUGGCCAACUGGGACCCAGCAUUCCCUGGUGAGCAUGUCUCGUGGUAUGACGAGUACAUUCAACGCCAGGGCCCAACAUGUGUCAACUGGCUGGAGACGCCGCGUGUCAGAGUUGGCGGUUUGCAGCACCUCAUCGAGGUCAGGGGCAUGGCCCUCUACAACCCAAACAACGGAGACGACGGCCUUGGCAGCCUCUUGGCCGUCUCCCCCUUGGAUGAUGGGUCCGUCUGCCUGUGGGAUGUCAACGGAAGCCGAGGGAAAAGGGGAGGAAUCGUGGCCACGAGCCGACCCGACAUUCUCUUCUUUGACGGCCGGGGAGAUCAGAACACGAGGCGGUCCAAGAAGAUCGACACGGGUGUCACAGAGUGUGUUAGCGUCAGCAACAGCAACCACAAGGCUGUCUUUGCUGUGCAGAGUCACCUCAUCGAAGUCGAUCUCAACCGUCUUGAGGUAGUCAAGCGAGAUUCCUUCGAGUGGUCCAUCACAACCUUGUCACAGAUCCAAGACGGAGUACCCUUGACCGUGGGCACCUCAUUGGGCAUCCAUCUACACGACUUUAGAGCACCAUCCAAGGUGCACGAUGAGGUUGUGGAGCGUCUCGAUGGUAGCAGCAGCCUGGAGGAAGAUAAUCCCUUCAAGGCCAUCUUUGACCCAAACCCACUGCCGCCGUACGCCUCACUGUCUCAGCCAACGCCGACCAGCAUUCUCCACCUGCCCCGGCCGGCGGGCGAUGAGAUGGUGUCGGACGACAUCUACGUGUCGGGACGGUUUUCCAAUAUUCUGCAUUACGAUCGACGCCAGUUUCCCAAGAUCAUGGGCUCCAUCUACUCGGGAUCGAGGCUCUCCAGCCUGGCAGCCCUGCCUUACCCCUUCUCUACGGUGGAUCACGAGGUACGCCGUCGGGGCGAGCUCUCGGCCGAGAGAGUUGAAGAGUGCAAGACGUCUGAGAAUGGCCGUACGCUGAUUGCCGGCGGAGAGUACAAGACCAAGGGUUCUCUGGAGCUGUAUGGCCUGGGGUCUGUAGACCUGUCAAGCGACGGGCCUGUCCAGCAAAACUCUACCAUGAAGAACCGCUACACGGCGGCUUCGUCCAUCAUCUUGUCGGUAAUCAACCACGGGACCAAGAUUGCCUUUUCGGACGGGGCCGGGCAAAUCAAGUGGUUCGAGAGGGACGGAUACACCGAGUGCCGACGGAUCAAGAUCGGGCACAGCGACGUGCAGACGCAGGCGUCGCUCUUUGCCUCGAUGCCGGGCUCCGACGACCUCGCGCGCAAGAUCCUGUCGACCAAGCGCCGGUCCAAGCCGGACCGGCCCAACGAGGACAACGUCCUGUUCUGGACGGGGGAGAAGCUGGGGAUGAUCAGUUUCACGGGGGCUCCGCUCUUCGCGCCGGAGGACUUUGACGAGGACAGGGCCGGGGAGGCUGCGGAGGAGGAGCAGAAGAGACGGGUGUAUUCGCAGCGGAUGCGGGAGGCUCUGGAACGGCAGGCUGACGAGGCACGGUUCGUGCAAGGUCUUGGGCUGGCAGAGUGA